CAUGAAGUUUGCCUCAGCUGUUCUUCUGGUGCUCAGUGCUGUUUCGACUGCACUUGCUGCUUCCUUCACCAACCCUCUGAAAGCAAAGGAUGGAUCAGAUCCCUUCAUCGUCUACUCUGGCGAUGGCUACUAUUAUCUUUUGACCACUGAGUGGACCAACAUCCAAGUCACCAGAUCCAAGACCCUGGGUGGAUUGAAGACUGGCGAGACCAGAGUCGUGUGGCAAGACAGUACUGCCUCUCGUUGCUGCAACGUGUGGGCACCUGAGGUCCACUGGAUCAACGACGCAUGGUACAUCUACUACAGCGCUUCCAACAAAGAUGACCUCGGCACCCAACGCAUCCACGUCCUGAAAGGAGGAACUAGUGUCUUCGACACAUACACCUACGCCGGCCAACUCUUCAACGAAUGGAGCAUCGACGGCACCGUCCUUCGCUUCCCAGAUAAGAACUACUUUGUCUACUCCUGCCAACGCACCAACCUCCAAUCCCUCUGCAUUGCACCCAUGAACUCUCCCACUUCCGUCGGAGCCGCAAAGACGCUUUCGCAGCCUACUCUCGCUUGGGAGAAGAUUGGCGAGUUUCCUGUCAACGAAGGGCCAGCUGCGCUCUAUCAUGGCGGAAAGACUUUCUUGACUUAUUCUGCAAGCUACUGCUGGACUAGCUCUUAUCAACUUGGUCUCUUGACCUACAAGGGUAGUGGUGAUCCUACCAAUGCUGCUAGUUGGACAAAGAGUGGACCUGUAUUCAGCUCUGCCAAUGGAAACUAUGGUACCGGACACAAUGGAUUCUUCAACAGUCCAGACAACAAGGAGAUCUGGAAUGUUUAUCAUGCUACUGCAAACUCGGCUGGUGCCUGCGAUGGCAAUAGAUACACAGAGGCGCAGAGAGUGGAUUGGAAUGCUGAUGGCAGUCCUAACUUUGGCAAGGCCGUGAAACUCGGAGCAACUCUCAAUGGGCCUUCGGGCGAG